AUGGCCUUGGAACAAGCCCCAAUGGAAACACAGUUGGUCCUUUCAAAGUACUCCAAAAGGGUAGUUUUGAAAUCUGUAUUAGGCCAAAAUGAUGGUGGUGUGGGGUUCAUUGGCAGGAGAGUGGUGGUUGGAGGGUGGGUAAAAUCCUCCCGGGAGGUAAGAAAAGACCCCGUGACACUACCUGUGGUGGUGGCUCCAGAUGCUGGAGUGCAUAGAGAUGUAACCUGUGUGGAAGUUCUUCAAUCCCGGUUUCCAUUUUUGAGGAGUAUUCUGAAGGUUUUAGGUGGGGAGCAAAUAAUUCGUGAUAAGUUGGAUACGGUUCUUCCUAGGCCACCACAGCCUUCAAUUGCAAUCUUGCAAGUCAGUGAUGGUUCUUGUGUUGCUAGUCUUCAGGUUGUGGUAGACUCGUCCUUAGCUCCUCCUGCUAGAAUUAUGCCUACGGGAACUUGCAUAUUGGCAGAAGGUAUAUUGCAGCAACCAUCAAUGCAGGGGAAGCAAAUUAUUGAACUCAAAGCAGAGAAAAUUCUUCAUAUUGGGACAGUUGAUCAGGACAGAUAUCCUUUAUCAAAGAAACGUUUGCCCCUUGAAAAUUUGAGGGAUUCUGCCCAAUUUCGACCACGAACAACAACAGUAGCAUCUGUUAUGAGAAUCCGAAGUGCUCUUACACAAGCAACUCAUACUUUCUUCCAAGAAAAUAACUUCCUUUACGUGCAAGUGCCAAUAAUAACAAGCACUGAUUGUGAGGGAACAGGCGAGAUCUUUCAAGUGACUACUCUUCCUGGUAAAGGAAAGAUAAAGAACCAAAGUACUGCGGAUGAUGCUGGAGGUGUCAAACUUGAAGUUAUGAAGGCCUCGAUCAAGGAAAAAUCAAAGCAGGUCGAAGAACUUAAACGAACAGAUAGCAAUAAAGAAGCAUUGGCAGCUGCUAUUCAGGAUUUGAAGAAAACAAUCGAGCUCGUAUCUCAGUUGGAAGCAAAAGAAAAGGCAAAAUCUGGAAAACCUGCCAGGACUGAAAAUAAAGAUAAGGUUUCUGAAGAUUUCUUUUCAUGCCAGACGUUUCUGACAGUUUCUGGUUGCCUUCAUUUGGAGAGUUACGCGUGCUCUUUGGGAAACGUUUAUUCCUUUGGACCAAGAUUCCGAGUAAACAGAAUAGAGUCCAGGAAAUCGUUAUCUGAGGCGUGGAUGGUCGAGCUUGAAAUGGCUUUCACAGAAUUAGAGGAUGCUGUGGAUUGUGCAAAUGACUUUUUGAAGUUCAUAUGCAAAUGGAUUUUAGAGAAUAGUGUUGAAGAUCUAAAAUUUGUCUCAAAGAGAAUAGACAAUACCAUUGUGGAUCGUCUUCAAUUGAUUGCAACUGGCGCGGUUGAAAAGAUCUCUUACACUGAGGCUAUUGAAGUUCUGAAUAAGGUCACCGAGAAGAAAUUUGAAGCAAAAGUCGAAUGGGGCGUCUCUCUAAGUGAAGAACAUGAAAGCUACCUAACAGAGGAAAUGUAUAAAAAGCCAGUCAUCAUAUACAAUCACCCAAAAGAAAUUAAGCCUUUCUACACACGCUUGAGCGAUGAUGGAAAAACGGUGGCAGCAUUCGACGUAAUUGUACCCAAGGUUGGAACUCUGAUAAGAGGAAGCCAAAAUGAGGAACGCUUCAGUGUAUUAAGUACAAGGAUCAAUGAAAUGGGAUUGGCAAAAGAGCAGUAUGAAUGGUAUCUAGAUCUUCGCAGGCAUGGAACCGCUAAAUGUUCGGGUUUCACAUUUUUAUUUGAUUCAUUGGUUCUUUAUGCCACUGGACUCAAUGAUGUAAGAGAUGCUGUUCCAUUUCCUAGAAGUUUUGGCAAAGCCAACAAUUGA